UAGCUUUGGUACGUUUCCGGUUUUGUAAGCGUGUGGUGCAGCACUCAGUCUUUUCCCUUGUAGGAUUUGCAGGUUUGGGUAGUGUUUCUCAGCGGGCUCCGAAGUUAUCACUACUUUGCACUCUUUGAACAACGCAUUUAAAAGCAACAAGCAUGGCCUCCUCUUCUUCCUCAACAGCAACUUUAACCACAGGAGUGAUGCAAGCUCAGGGUAACCCUGCCACAGUUUUACCCCUCCAGAGAGGAAUUGUAAAAAUGGUUCUUUCAGGUUGUGCUAUCAUUGUUAGAGGCCAGCCGAGAGGUGGGCCUCCUCCAGAAAGACAAAUAAACCUUAGCAACAUUCGUGCUUUUACCCUUGCUAGAAGAGCAGCUCAAAGUCAACCAGAUACUAAAGAUACGUCUGAUGAGCCUUGGGCUUGGCAAGCUCGAGAGUUUUUACGGAAGAAAUUGAUUGGAAAAGAAGUUUGUUUCACGGUGGAAAACAAAACUCCACAAGGAAGAGAAUAUGGUCUAGUGUACCUUGGCAAAGACACAACUGGAGAAAACAUCGCAGAGUCUCUUGUAUCAGAAGGCCUGGCUGUAGUUCGCAGGGAAGGAAAUCGAGGAAACAAUCCAGAUCAGAUCAGACUGUGUGAUCUUGAAGAUCAGGCAAAAUCUGCAAAGAAGGGAACAUGGAGUGAAGGUGCUGGCACACACACUAUUCGAGAUAUUAAGUAUACUAUCGAGAAUCCUAGAAACUUUGUUGAUUCUUUGCAUCAAAAGCCUAUUAAUGCUAUUAUAGAGCAUGUGCGGGAUGGUAGCAUUGUUAGAGCACUACUCCUUCCAGAUUAUUAUUUGGUAACAGUGAUGUUAUCAGGUAUUAAGUGCCCGAUAUUUAAGAGAGAACCAGAUGGUACAGAAACCCCAGAACCUUUUGCUGCUGAAGCAAAAUUUUUUACAGAGUCUCGGUUGUUGCAGAGAGAUGUCCAAAUCAUUCUUGAAAGCUGCCCAAACCAGGUCAUACUUGGCACAAUUCUUCACCCGAAUGGAAAUAUUACUGAGCUGCUGUUGAAAGAAGGCUUUGCUCGAUGUGUUGACUGGUCAAUGGCAGUUUAUUCUCAAGGAGCUGAUAAACUUCGUGCAGCUGAAAGGUCAGCCAAGGAGCGGAGAGUGAGAAUCUGGAAAGAUUAUGUGGCUCCUACAGCAAACUUGGACCAGAAAGACAAGCAGUUUGUAGCUAAAGUGAUGCAAAUUGUCAAUGCAGAUGCUAUUGUAGUGAAGUUAAAUUCUGGUGAUUGCAGGACCAUCCACUUGUCUAGUAUCAGACCUCCUAGAAUUGAAGGAGAUGCAAACCAAGAGAAAAACAGGGACAAAGACAAGAGAUUCCGUCCCCUGUAUGAUAUCCCAUACAUGUUUGAAGCCAGAGAAUUCCUGAGAAAAAAGCUAAUUGGUAAAAAGGUCAAUGUUUCAGUUGAUUAUAUUAGAGCCGCUACAGCUGCUUCUGACACAGGAUCAACCCCUGCUUUCCCAGAGCGUACCUGUGCAACAGUCACUAUUGGUGGAAUUAACAUUGCAGAGGCCCUUGUUAGCAAAGGUUUGGCUACAGUGAUCCGUUACCGCCAAGAUGAUGAUCAGCGAUCAUCUCAUUAUGAUGAACUUUUGGCAGCUGAAGCCAGAGCCAUAAAAAAUGGAAAAGGUCUACAUAGUAAGAAAGAGGUUCCCAUCCAUCGUGUUGCUGAUAUUUCUGGGGAAACACAGAAGGCUAAGCAGUUUCUCCCAUUUUUGCAGCGCGCUGGACGAUCAGAAGCAGUAGUUGAAUAUGUAUUCAGUGGUUCUCGUCUAAAGCUCUAUAUGCCAAAGGAAACCUGUUUGAUAACUUUUUUAUUAGCUGGUAUUGAAUGUCCACGUGGGUCCAGAAAUACAGCAGGCGUCAUUCAAGAAGCAGAACCUUUUAGUGAUGAAGCUUGUCUUUUCACUAAAGAAUUGGUACUACAAAGAGAGGUGGAAGUUGAAGUGGAGAGCAUGGAUAAAGCUGGUAAUUUCAUUGGAUGGCUUCAUAUCGAUGGUGUUAACCUUUCUGUAGCUCUCGUAGAACAUGGUCUUUCUAAAGUUCACUUCACUGCUGAAAGAAGUUCAUACUAUAAAACCUUGCUGUCUGCUGAGGAAUCUGCCCAGCAAAAGAAGGAAAAGAUUUGGGCAAAUUAUGAGGAAAGUCCCCAGGAGGAGGUUGUGCAGGUCACAGAGGAGAAAGAAAGAAUUGUCAACUAUAAACCUGUGUUUAUUACAGAAAUUACAGAUGAACUUCACUUCUAUGUACAAGAUGUCGAGACUGGUAGUCAACUGGAGAAGCUAAUGGAAACAAUGCGGAGUGAGAUUGCUGCACAUCCACCUGUCGAGGGCUCCUAUGCACCACGUCGUGGAGAUUACUGCAUUGCAAAAUUUGCUGAUGGAGAAUGGUACAGAGCUCGUGUGGAGAAAGUAGAGACACCUUCAAAGGUCCAUGUGUUUUACAUCGACUAUGGCAAUAGGGAAGUAGUUUCAUCUGUCCGCCUAGCCCAACUUCCUCCAUCAUUCAGUGUAGGAAGUCUUCCUGCUCAAGCUAAAGAAUAUGCAUUUGCCUUCAUCCAAGUCCCACAAGAUGAGGAUGCCCGAGCUGAUGUGGUAGAUAAUGUUGUUAGAGACAUUCAAAACACCCAGUGUUUGUUGAACGUGGAGUACGUAGGAGCAAGCUGCUCCUUUGUCACCUUGCAGUUUUCUGACUCAAAAGACGAUGUUGGUCUUGGACUUAUCAAAGAAGGCAUGGUCAUGGUAGAUGUUCGAAAAGAAAAGCACCUGCAAAAAGUGGUUACUGAAUACCUUAAUGCACAGGAGGCUGCCAAGGCUGCCAGAUUGAACCUUUGGCGCUAUGGAGAUUUCCGAGCUGAUGAUGCAGAUGAAUUUGGCUUCAGUCGUUAAACCUGCCAUUCCAAAGACUUUUUUUUUUUUUGAAGAUAUCAUUAGCAUAACUCUGCUGAGAUGGUCCUUUUUCCACAUUUUAUAUAUAUAUAUAUAUAUAUAUAUAUAUAUAUAUAUAUAUAUAUAUAUAUAUAUGCAGAAAUAUAUAAAUAAAUUGCUCAGUGCCUGUUGCAUUCAUAUCUUGCAUCUCAGCCCUUUGGAGACGUUUACACCAAAUAAUCUUUAAAUAUUUCAAAACCCAAGAUAAUCUGAAUCAUUUCGCCUAUAAUUAUCCGAUUGUGAUUUGAUAUUUUCAUGCAGUUUGGGGGAUGUUACAUUUCCUUUUCUAAAACAUUUCAGAUAAAGAACUAUAUGCAUUAAUCUGUUUUAAUAUACAUAUACACUCAAAUUGAGGUUAAAAUGAGAGUUUUACCUCAGUGUAGAAUUUUACACAUAUAUUAAUGUUUUUUCUCACCCUCGUGUAUUUAAAAUAAAUUGUUUUUCCAAUUAACGGUUAUUUCUAUUUCCUGUAUGCUGUGAUAAACAGUAUUUGAUUUUGAUGUCAAAUGGUUAUGUGUUUAAAUCCUGUGCCCCAAUAAAAUAGUAACUACCUAAAUAUGACA